GUCCCUAUCCCCGUUGGUCUCCCCAUUAUUCCAAGCGCCAGUAUUUAUUGGCCUUUCAAUAUGCGCGCGUUGCAGAUGCAGAUGCCGCAGAAUCCUGGCGCCCUUUUGCAACCGGCGGCAUUUUGCAACCGACGGCUGGUGUGCCCGACGAAACAGCGCCUACAAUGUUGACUUACCCCUUGCUACAAAACUCCCUUUGCAUUCUCGCCGUGACGCUGGCGCUUUGCGCGGGCGCCGUGGUGCCUCGGUCCAGUGCUGAAAUCUUAGAGAGCCUGGCCAUUGCCGACACCCUGGUCAUUGUCGACCCCCUUGCUCAUGUCUCAAAUGUCGAAAGUCUCGAGCAGCUCGAGGGUCUGGAAGGCCUCGAGAACUUGGAAUCCCUGGAAACCAUCGCCAGCAUUGCCAGCAUCCAGCCCGGCGAAAUAGCCGAGCCCGGCCCGGCACACGCGUAUCAGUACAUCAGCAGAAUCCGCUCCAAGGUCGGCUCCUCGGGCGGCACCCGCCAAGACCGUCUCAUCAACGAGUUUGGGAAGCCGGCCCGGUUGAACUCCGUGGCUGACCUCGCGCUGCAGGAGAAUGCCGCUUCGGCCCGGGCCAGCGUCGAGCGUGACGCUAUUCGAGGCAGUCUGCAAAUCCCGUUGACACGCCUGACCAAGCCGCACGCUGUGAAGCUGACGGCAGGCCACGUCGGGUACGAGGAGCGGCACCGCUUCAGCGGCAAUCCUUUCGACGAGCUUCUCCACGCGAAAAAAACCUACGAGGAGCCUGUUUCCAAGGGCCUGAGCAGCACCGUUGACGAUGCGCCCGACGGCUCCGAUGAUGACGGCGACUACUACUCAUAUUCUGACGACGACGAUGAAGCUGCCGACGACGGGAACAGUCCCGUGGACUGGGAUUCCUCAGAUGACAUGGACGUGUCUUCCAGUGACCAGGGUUCUGCAGGCGACUCGGACGCUUUAUUUAUCAACCACGACACCCCAGAUCUGAGUCCAACAUCUGCAGAGAAUCCACACUCCAGCAAUACGGAAGAGGCCCAGGCCCGCGCCGUGUGGGCCGGGAGUGUCUCUGCCAGUAAGCAUGAAAACGUGACCCACAGGAAGGCCCAUAUCGCCCCUCACGCACUGAACAAACAUGACGUCCGCCAGGCCGAAGGCAGGGUGUCGAUCCAGCAACUCCCCCCGACGGAAACCCGUCAACGCCGCGAGUCUUGGCCCAUUGAUACUGUCGCCACUUCGCACCGAGAACAGGGAACCACACUAGACAGCUAGCCACGCAUACUUCCUACAAAUCCUCUCUUUACGCCCACUGGGUAACUCUUUGUAUAUCGCUGUAUUAGCAAGAAGUCACGCUUUACCGACCUGGGCCGUAGA